UUGCUUGGUUGCCGUGGGCAACGGACCUGUCCCCCCCUCCCGUUCCCCCCUCCCCGCCGGAAGACCUUGCGUCCAGGCACAAUGUCGUGGGACCCCGUGAACACGCUCUGCGAGCAGCUGGUGAAGGCGGUGACGGCGAUGAUGGACCCGGCCUCCACGCAGCGCUACCGUCUGGAGGCCCUCAAGUUUUGUGAAGAAUUUAAAGAAAAAAGUCCAGUUUGUGUUCCUUGUGGAUUGAAAUUAGCAGAAAAAUCCCAGACUGCAAUUGUCAGGCAUUUUGGUCUUCAGAUCUUGGAGCAUGUGGUGAAAUUUCGAUGGAAUACUAUGGGUCGAUUUGACAAAGUCUUUUUGAAGAACAAGGUCAUGGAACUAAUAUCCAAUGGUACCCAGAAUAUUUUAGAAGAAGAAAGUCACAUUAAGGAUGUUCUCUCUCGCAUUGUGGUAGAGAUGAUCAAACGUGAAUGGCCACAGCACUGGCCUGAUUUGCUGAAGGAACUGGACACGCUGUCUGAAGAAGGGGAAACCCAGACAGAGUUAGUGAUGUUCAUACUUCUGCGCCUGGCAGAGGACGUGGUUACUUUCCAGACAUUGCCAGUUCAAAGACGACGGGAUAUCCAGCAAACUCUUUCCCAAAAUAUGGAGAAAAUUUUUAGUUUCUUGCUAAAUGCACUACAGCAAAAUGUUAAUAAAUACAGAUGUGCGAAAAUUGAUGCAGCUCAAGAAUCAAAAGCACAAGCAAAUUGUCGAGUAGGAAUUGCAGCACUCAAUACUCUGGCUGGUUAUAUUGACUGGGUGGCUAUGAAUCAUAUCACAGCAGAUAACUGCAAGCUAUUGGAGAUGCUCUGCUUGCUUUUGAAUGAACCAGAGCUUCAAAUAGGAGCAGCAGAAUGCCUCUUGAUUGUGGUCAGCAGAAAGGGAAAACUGGAGGACCGCAAGCCCUUAAUGGUUUUGUUUGGGGAUGUUGCCAUGCACUAUAUUCUCUCUGCUGCCCAAACUGCAGAUGGAGAAGGUUUGGUAGAAAAACAAUAUGUUUUCUUGAAGAGACUUUGCCAAGUAUUAUGUUCUUUGGGCAGCCAGCUGUGUGCAUUAGUGGGUCCUGAUUCUGAUGUAGAAAUACCUGUCAACUUGGGAAAAUAUCUUGAGUCAUUUCUAGCUUUCACAACCCAUCCCAGUCAGUUCUUACGUUCUUCUACCCAGAUCACAUGGGGUGCUCUUUUUCGUCAUGAAGUCCUGUCGCGUGAUCCUGUGUUGUUGGCUAUUAUCCCAAGUUAUCUGCGGGCAUGCAUGACUAAUCUAGUGAAGUUGGGGUUUCCUUCAAAGACAGAAUGCCCUAGUUGUGAAUAUUCUCGUUUUGAUUUUGACAGUGAUGAAGACUUCAAUUGCUUCUUCAAUUCUUUCCGUGCACAACAGGGAGACGUGAUAAGGAUGGCAUGUCGGCUAGAUCCUCACACUGGCUUCCAGAUGGCUGGAGAAUGGCUGAAAUACCAAUUGUCCCUUCCUCUGGAUACUGAAACUGCAAAUUCUAAAAGAAAUAAAAGAUCCUACUCCAUUUUUUCUCCUUCCUUUGUGCAUUGGGAUGCUAUGACCUUUUUCUUAGAAAGCAUCGUUAGCCCGAUGUUCCGAACCCUGGAUAAAGAAAAAAUCCCAGUUUCUCAAGGCAUAGAACUAUUGCAAUGUGUCCUUGGCUUUGAAACAAAAGACCCCCUGAUUCUGUCCUGCAUCCUUUCUAAUGUCUCAGCACUCUUUCCAUUUGUUACGUACAGACCAGAAUACCUGCCAGAAGUUAUUGUUAAGCUGUUUGCCUCUGUCACCUUUGAAGUUGAAGAAGAAAGCAAGGCACCAAGAACCCGUGCAGUAAAGAAUGUGAGAAGACAUGCUUGCUCCUCCAUCAUCAAGAUGUGUCGGGAUUACCCUCAACUUGUUCUGCCCAACUUUGACAUGCUAUAUAACCAUGUGAAGCAGCUGCUAUCAAAUGAGCUACUCCUGACUCAGAUGGAGAAGUGUGCUCUCAUGGAAGCCUUGGUCCUAAUUAGCAAUCAAUUUAAGGAUUAUCAGCGGCAAAAAGCUUUCUUGGAAGAGCUCAUGGCUCCUGUUGCUACACUUUGGUUAUCUGAUGAGAUGAAAAGAGUUCUGAUGAAUCCUGAAGAUUUUAUCCGGUAUGUUGGUGCUGAUAAUAGGAUUGUAGACCCCAUCAUGGAAGAUCCCUGUGGUUUGAAUCGUUCCAGA